AUGAUCAACACAUUUGCGAUACAACCAUUUCUGACAGUCAGCUUAUCCAAAGGAAAGAACAAGCACCUUGAUCGUGCACUACCUUUUACGUCAUCGGCUGAUUUGCGAUUACUUGAAGCUGAGGAGAUAUCAGAUUGGCUGCAAGAUGCCUGGUAUACGAGCCUCUCCGAAGAUCAGCAGAACGAUGAUGGAUAUACGACAGAUGAAGAUACGUCAGUAGCGAACGCAGAUGAUAUCAACGAGAUGGACAAUAUUGUGCAUCAGUUUUUGGGAUUGGACUUAAACGGCAACACGGAGGAGGAAGGCUUUACCCAAAACUCUUUCGAUGAAGAAGAUGACGAUUGUGAAGAUGAUGAACACAUACAUGCGGAUGAGAAACAGCCAGAUAAUACAUAA